AUGGACGUCACGAUGGCCAAUACCUUCGACAAAGCCCAAAUAGGUGCCACCCUAGAGCAGCUCCCUCAAGAUGUACUGGAACAAGAGGCCAGGAACCAAAUCAGGUCCCUGCGCGACGACAUCGAGGCGGCGGACGAGGAAAUCGGAACCCUUCGCGCCGCUCUCCUGGCUGCCAGGGAGAGGAAAAAAGGGCUCGAAGAACAGCGUGACUUCUACCUAUCCUACCUCUCACCAAUCCGCAAAGUUCCACCCGAAAUCAUAUCCCGAAUCAUGGAAGAAGUCUUCGAUGAUGCUACCCUCUUGUUCCAACAAGACCGGACCCAGCUUACCAAUAUGCAGUUGGUUUGCAAGAAAUGGAGGGAUAUCGCAUCUUCCAGCCCUCGACUGUGGAGGGGUCUGGGUCUUACGGUCCCUGAUGACUUUCUUUCGGGCUCAGCGACGGACCCGACGAGCCAGGUCAAUCGGUGGUUGGAUAGGGGUGGUUCAUCCGGGGACAUGCGCGUCCUAAUCCGACGCUCUCCUCAACGCUACUCGAGUGCAGCAGAUAACGAAGUAUCUGCAUCCUUCCAAGCCCUGGAACGUGUCCUAUCCGUGGCGAGACAGUGGUCGGAAAUUAGCCUAUUGGGCGUCCCGCCGAUGCUCAUGAACCACAUUCUCGCGACAGUCUCCAACCCGAACGCUCAGACUUCCUGGCCUGAUAUACAGAGGUUGGCAAUCGGGAUUAGACCGAGGUUCGACCAACUCAGUACUCUGAACCACCUGCCUCUCCAGUUGUGGCCCCGUCUCAGGAGUCUGCACCUCAAAUGGCUCGGGUUCCAUGCCGAGCAGCUCCCCACAGCUAUUCCCCACCAUGGCGGAAUUGAAUCGCUCCACUUGGGCUCUUUCCAAGGCAACUUCAACGCCAUUGCAACAGUCGUUUCCCGCUUCCCCGCUCUCAAGGAACUUCUCCUCACCAACAGAGCGUUCUACAUCCGCGGCGGACCAUCGAACGUCGUCACCCAUCCCAACAUUGAACGACUCAUCAUCUCAGGCGAAGAACCCUCGUACUACGUCGCCACGUUCACCCUACCCGCACUACGCGUCCUCCGUCUCUGCAACAUCGACAUGAACACGCGGUACAACACCAUCUGGGACUUCGUCCGACGCUCUCGAAACCAGCUCGAUAUCCUCUCGUUGGAGGAUUCGUCGUUAAGGCCUCCGGAUCUCGAUGCCAUCCUUCGAGGGUUUGUGCCUAUCAAGUGGCUGCAUCUUCCGAAUUUCGACGUUUUCAGGCCCCAGAGAACUAGGCGCGGGGAGACAGGUGCAUUGGAGUUGCCUGGGCUUCAGGGUAUCGCGUUUAAGAAAGCUCCGAAUUCGAAUACGACGAUGCAGCAUACCGUCGACUUCUUUGCUCGACGGAAUGCGACUGCGAGUGUCGGUGCGGCCGACCAGGGUGGGGAAACGCCUAACAGGAUCAAGUUCUAUAUCCCGCCUGCUGGAAGGGGGUUCAUCACGAGCAUGCCCAAUAACUGGUUCGCGCGGUUGGCGGGGGUAGGAGUGGAUGUAGAGUUUGUUUCCAUCCAGGACUUGACUGGACCGGCGUCGUAUCCUAUCAUGGCGCACUGUGCCAAGUUUGUUAGCGAAGGAGGGAGGGAGCAGGGACAAUACUAG